AUGAACACGAUGGAGUUUUUGCAGCAACAAUUCAAAGGCAACAAAAUCAUACUAACAUUUAUUGUUGAUUUGAUAAAACAUUCAAUAGAAUGGGAAGAUCUAUUUAACAACAAUGUAAACGAGAGCAUCUACAUAAACCUUUCUAAAUUUAAGCAUUACAUAGAAAGCAAUAACCAAAAUGGCCAGAACCAAAUACUAGAUGUUUUAUUAUACAACCUGUUCCUUCCAUAUAAGCGAGUCCUCACUAAGCGCGUCAAUAUUGCUCAAUUAUUGGAAAAACAUCAAGAUAACAUAAAGUAUUUGACGUAUAAAUUGAAGUCUGAUCUAAAAGAUAUCACGGUCGCCAAUUAUAAUAUAGGUGAGCAGGAGCAUACUGGCAACUUUAAUAACUCAGCGGCCGAAAACAGUAAUAUGUCCGAUACUAGCUCGCCUUUAUCUACACAAGAAGCAACCGAUCGUUAUUUUGCCUCCGCUACUAAGGGCAAUAAGUCGCAAGAAGGGAAGCCAACAAACUCUAAAAGAAUGAACUAUCCCAAAAACAUAUCCGAGAUUCUUAAGAGAUGGCUUGUUGAUCAUAUCGAAAAUCCAUACCCCGAUGAGAAAGAGAAGCACUAUUUAAUAUUGAAAACUGGUCUGUGUUCUUCUCAAAUUAACAAUUGGUUCAUUAAUGCUCGAAGAAGGAUCAUUCCAAAGAUAAUCAAGAAUUCAAACUAUGAAAAGUUAAAGAUUAUUGAUCAAACUCCGAUUAAUAACCACCAAUCUAAUCUAAUUUAA